AUGAUUGGCAUAUCAAUAUGUGGUGAUUAAAAAGUACUUUUGAUGAAGAAUGUAAUGAUGGUAAUCUUAUUCCUUUUUAUGGAUGUUUUAAUUGUUAUUAUUAAUAUGUAUAAUAAUGCUGAUUUUAUUUAAAGGAGAAUGUUUGUUAGUUUUGAAUUAAUAAAGGAUAUUCAAAUUACCAAACUUCCUAUUGUAAACGAUUUAUGUUCUAGAUUAUAUGAUAAUUAAAAUUAAUGUCUAAUAAAUUGUGAAAUUUGUAUUUAAGGAUAUUGUUUAUAAUGUAAGUUAAGAUUUUAUUUAAAUUCUAUAAGUAAUUUAUGCUAAUCUAUAUGCGAAAAUUUAAUUAUUUAAGGAAUAACAAAAAUGUGA